AUGAAUUAUUCAUCAUUACUUAGAAUUUGGGUCUCUUUCAUCUUCGCACUUGUACGGCACCAAGUUCAGCCCAGGGAGCUCAUGUAUCCAUUUUGGCAGAAUGACACCAAAACCCCUAAAGUAGACGACGGAAGCUCACCUGAGAUUAAGCUGGCCAUCCCCAUCUUCUUCUUUGGCGUUCCUUACCGCACCAUCUAUGUCAAUAACAAUGGAGUUGUUUCAUUCAACGUGCUAGUGAGCCAGUUCACGCCUGAAUCUUUUCCCCUGACGGAUGGGAGGGCCUUCAUUGCUCCAUUUUGGGCAGAUGUGCACAAUGGGAUUCGAGGCGAGAUCUAUUACAGAGAGACCAUGGACCCUGUCAUCUUGAAAAGAGCCACCAAGGACAUCAGGAAGUACUUCAAAGACAUGUCAACCUUCUCUGCCACUUGGGUUUUCAUUGUGACCUGGGAGGAAGUCACGUUUUAUGGAGGGAGCAGCACCACACCUGUGAACACCUUCCAGGCCGUCCUGGUGUCCGACGGCUCCUAUACAUUCACGCUCUUCAAUUACUACGAAAUCAACUGGACCACUGGGACGGCGAGCGGUGGUGAUCCCCUGACGGGACUUGGGGGAGUGAUGGCACAGGCAGGAUUUAAUGGUGGAAACAUCACCAAUUAUUUCAGCCUCCCGGGGUCAAGGACCCCUGAUAUUGUGAAUAUCCAAGAGACCACAAACGUCAAUGUUCCAGGUCGCUGGGCAUUUAAAGUUGAUGGGAAGGAAAUUGACCCAGCCAAUGGCUGCACCUCCAGAGGACAGUUCCUUCGGCGAGGGGAGGUGUUCUGGGAUGACCUGAACUGCACCAUCAAGUGCCGCUGUCUGGAUUUCAACAACGAGAUCUACUGCCAGGAAGCCUCCUGCAGCCCCUACGAGGUGUGCGAACCCAAAGGCAAAUUCUUCUACUGCAGCCCGUUGGAGACCAGCACGUGCGUGGUAUUUGGGGAGCCGCACUAUCACACGUUUGAUGGCUUCCUCUUCCACUUCCAAGGCUCCUGUGCCUACCUGUUGGCCCGACAGUGUUUGCAUACUUCCAGCCUCCCCUUCUUCAGCGUGGAGGCAAAGAACGAGCACCGGGGAGGCUCAGCCGUCUCCUGGGUGAAGGAGCUCUCGGUGGAGGUGAAUGGCUACAAGAUUCUCAUCCCCAAAGGAAGCUACGGAAAAGUCAAGGUUAAUGACCUAGUGGCUUCUUUGCCCGUCACCUUAGACUUGGGGGCGGUGAAAAUCUACCAGAGUGGCUUGUCUACUGCUGUGGAAACGGAUUUUGGACUCUUAGUGACGUUUGACGGCCAGCACUACGCCUCCAUCUCCAUCCCAGGCUCCUACAUCAACUCCACUUGCGGGCUUUGCGGGAACUACAACAAAAACCCUCUGGAUGACUUCCUGCGCCCCGACGGCAGGCCAGCCAUGUCAGUCUUAGACCUAGGAGAGAGCUGGCGGGUCUACCACGCUGACUGGAAGUGUGACUCAGGUUGCGUGGAUAAUUGCACCCAGUGUGACAUGGCCACCGAAGCCCUCUACUUUGGCCCCGACUACUGCGGCUUCCUCAACAAGACCGACGGCCCCCUGUGGGAGUGUGGCACUGUCGUGGACCCCAUGGCCUUCGUGCACAGCUGCGUGUAUGACCUGUGCAGUGUGAGGGACAACGGGACACUCCUGUGUCAGGCCAUCCAGGCCUACGCCCUUGUGUGCCAAGCCCUGGGCAUUCCAAUUGGAGACUGGCGAAUCCAGACUGGGUGUGUGUCCAUGGUGCAGUGCCCGAGCUUCAGCCACUACUCCGUGUGCACCAGCAGCUGCCCGGACACGUGCUCAGAUCUGACGGCCUCCCACAGAUGCACCAUGCCCUGCACGGAGGGCUGCGAGUGCAACGAAGGCUUUGUCCUCAGCACCAGCCAGUGCGUCCCGCUGCACAAGUGCGGCUGUGACUUCGACGGCCACUACUACGCCAUGGGCGAGUUCUUCUGGGCCACGGCCAACUGCACGGUGCAGUGCCUGUGUGAGGAGGGCGGCGACGUGUACUGCUUCAACAAGACGUGCCGUGGCGAGGAGGUGUGCACAGUGGAGAACGGCUACCAGGGUUGCUUCCCCAAGCGGGAGACCGUGUGCCUGCUAAGCCAGAACCAGGUGCUGCACACUUUCGACGGCGCCGCCUACCCCUUCCCCGUCGAGUUCUCCUACACGCUCCUCAAGACCUGCCCUGAGCGGCCGGAGUACUUGGAAAUCGACAUCAACAAGAAGAAGCCGGAGGCAGGGCCUGCUUGGCUGCGGGGUCUCCGGAUCCUGGUGGCCGACCAGGAGGUCAAGAUGGGAGGCAUCGGGGCUUCGGAGGUCAAGGUGAACAGUCAGGAAGUGGAACUGCCUUUUUUCCAUCCUUCGGGGAAGCUGGAAAUUUAUCGAAACAAAAACAGCACGACGGUCGAGUCCAAGGGUGUCGUGACCGUGCAAUACUCAGACGUGGGUCUGCUGUACAUCCGGCUCUCCACCGCCUACUUCAACUGCACGGGGGGCUUGUGUGGCUUCUUCAACGCGAACAUCAGCGAGGAGUUCUGUCUCCCCAAUGGCAAGUGCACGGACAACCUGGCGGUGUUCCUGGAAAGCUGGACCACUUUCGAGGAGAUCUGCAACGGGGAGUGUGGGGACCUGCUGAAGGCCUGCAACAACGACUCGGAGCUGCUGAAAUUUUACCGCAGCCGUUCCAGGUGCGGCAUCAUCAACGACCCCUCCAACAGCUCCUUCCUGGAGUGUCACGGCGUGGUCAACGUCACCGCCUACUACCGCACCUGCCUCUUCCGCCUGUGCCAGAGCGGGGGCAACGAGUCCGAGCUCUGUGACUCUGUGGCCCGGUACGCGAGCGCCUGCAAGAACGCCGACGUGGAGGUGCAGCCCUGGAGGACCCACGACUUCUGCCCUCUGGAGUGCCCGGAGAACAGCCAUUUCGAGGAGUGCAUGAUGUGUACAGAGACCUGUGAGACCCUGGCGCUGGGCCCCAUCUGUGUGGACAGCUGCUCCGAGGGGUGUCAGUGUGACGAGGGCUAUGCCCUGAAAGGCAGCCAGUGCGUCCCCCGGAGCGAGUGUGGCUGCAACUUUGAGGGACACCAUCUUGCCACCAAUGAGACCUUCUGGGUGGACCUGGACUGCCAGAUCUUCUGCUACUGCAAUGGCACAGACAACAGCGUCCACUGUGAAACCAUCCCCUGCAAGGGUGACGAGUACUGCAUGGAGGAGGGCGGCCUCUACUACUGCCAGGCCCGCACCGACGCCUCCUGCAUCGUCUCGGGCUACGGCCACUACCUGACCUUUGACGGCUACCCUUUUGACUUCCAGACCAGCUGCCCGCUCAUCCUGUGCACCACAGGAAGCAGGCCGAGCUCAGACACAUUCCCCAAGUUCAUCGUCACAGCCAAGAAUGAGGACCGGGACCCGUCGCUGGCCUUGUGGGUCAAGCAGGUGGACGUGACCGUGUUGGGCUACAGCAUCGUGAUUCACAGGGCCUACAAGCACACGGUGCUGGUCAACAAUGAACGGCUCUAUCUGCCCCUGAAGUUGGGACAAGGGAAGAUAAACAUCUUUUCCUUUGGCUUCCAUGUGGUGGUGGAAACUGACUUUGGCCUGAAGGUUGUGUAUGAUUGGAAGACCUUCCUGUCCAUCACGGUCCCUCGGGGCAUGCAGAACAGCACCUACGGCCUGUGUGGCCGCUAUAACGGCAACCCCGAAGACGACCUGGAGAUGCCCAUGGGUCUGCUGGCCUCCAGCGUCAAUGAGUUUGGACAGAGCUGGGUGAAGAGGGACACCUUCUGCCAGGUUGGCUGUGGUGACCGCUGCCCUUCCUGUGCCAAAGUGGACGGUUUCUCCAAAGUGCAGCAGCUCUGCAGCCUGAUCCCCAACCAGAACUCUGGCUUCACCAAGUGUCACAGCAAGGUCAACCCCGCUUUCUUCUACAAGAACUGCCUGUUUGACUCUUGCAUCGAUGGCGGCGCCGUGCAGACCGCCUGCAGCUGGCUGCAGAACUACGCCAGCACCUGCCAGAUGCAGGGGAUCGCAGUGACCGGCUGGAGGAACUACACGUCCUGCUCCGUCACCUGCCCUCCCAACAGCCACUACGAGAGCUGCGUGAGCGUGUGCCAGCCCCGCUGCGCCGCGAUCCGCCUGAAGAGCGACUGCAACCACUACUGCGUGGAGGGCUGCCAGUGCGACGCCGGCUACGUCCUCAACGGCAAGAGCUGCAUCCUGCCCCACAGCUGCGGCUGCUACUCUGACGGCAAGUACUACGAGCCCAAGCAGCUGUUCUGGAACAGCGACUGCACGCGGCGCUGCCGCUGUUUCCGGCGCAACCUGAUCCAGUGCGACCCGCGCCAGUGCAAGUCAGACGAGGAGUGCGCGCUGCGCAACGGGGUGCGCGGCUGCUACAGCACCAAGACCUCCUACUGCCUGGCGGCCGGCGGCGGCGUCUUCCGCACCUUCGACGGCGCCUUCCUCCGCUUCCCAGCCAACUGCGCCUUCGUGCUCUCCACCAUCUGCCAGAAGCUCCCCGACAUCUCUUUCCAGCUCAUCAUCAACUUCGACAAGUGGUCGUCCCCCAAUCUCACCAUCAUUUCUCCCGUCUAUUUCUACAUUAACGAAGAGCAGAUUCUCAUCAACGACCGGCACACUGUCAAGGUGAAUGGCACACAAGUGAAUGUUCCGUUUAUAACCGGGUUGGCAACCAAAAUCUACAGCAGCGAGGGCUUCCUGGUGAUCGACACCAGCCCUGACAUCCAGAUCCACUACAAUGGUUUCAACGUAAUAAAAAUCAGCAUCAGCGAGAGGCUGCAGAACAAAGUGUGUGGCCUUUGUGGCAACUUCAAUGGGGACUUAACCGAUGAUUACGUGACCCUGCGGGGGAGGCCUGUGGUGAGCAGCGUGGUGCUGGCCCAGAGCUGGAAAACCAAUGGCAUGCAAAAGAGACCUCUCGCCCCCAGCUGCAACGAGCUGCAGUUCUCCCAGUACGCAGCCAUGUGUGACAACGUGCACAUCCAGAAGAUGCAGGGCGACGGCUACUGCCUGAAGCUCACGGACAUGAAGGGCUUCUUCCAGCCCUGCUACGGGCUGCUCGACCCCCUUCCCUUCUACGAGUCCUGCUACCUGGACGGCUGCUACAACCACAAGAAGUACCAGCUGUGCGGCUCCCUGGCUGCCUAUGGGGAGUCUUGCCGCUCCUUCGGGAUCCUCAGCACCGAGUGGAUUGAGAAAGAGAAUUGCUCAGGAGUGGUUGAAGAUCCCUGUCUGGGGGCGGACUGUCCCAAUCGAACCUGUGAGCUGGAAAACGGAGGGGAGCUGUGUGGCUGCAUGGAGCCCCCUCCCUACGGAAACAACUCCCACGACAUCAUUGACGCAGAGGUGAUCUGCAAGGCUGCCCAGAUGGAAGUGUCCAUAUCUAAGUGCAAACUCUUCCAGCUCGGCUUCGAGAGGGAGGGUGUGCGGAUCAAUGACAGGCAGUGCACCGGCAUUGAGGGAGAGGACUUUAUCUCCUUUCAGAUCAACAACACCAAAGGGAACUGUGGAAACAUUGUGCAGUCCAAUGCCACUCAUAUCAUGUAUAAGAACACCAUUUGGAUAGAAAGUGCCAACAAUACUGGCAACAUCAUCACCAGGGACAGGACGAUCAGUGUGGAAUUUUCAUGUGCUUAUGAGCUGGAUAUCAAGAUCUCCUUGGACUCUGUUGUGAAGCCUAUGCUAAGCGUCAUUAACCUGACAGUUCCAACCCAAGAAGGCAGCUUCACCACCAAGAUGGCGCUCUACAAAAAUGCCUCCUACAAACAUCCAUACCGCCAGGGCGAAGUGGUGCUGACGACUCGAGAUGUACUGUAUGUAGGGGUCUUUGUGGUUGGAGCUGAUUCCACGCAUCUGAUUCUGACGCUGAACAAAUGCUACGCCACCCCGUCCCGCGAUAGCAAUGACAAGCUCCGAUACUUCAUCAUUGAAGAAGGGUGUCAGAACAUUAAAGACAACACCAUUGGCAUCGAGGAAAACGGUGUCUCCCUCACCUGUCGCUUCCACGUCACCGUCUUUAAGUUCAUUGGGGAUUACGAUGAAGUCCAUCUGCACUGCGCAGUGUCCCUCUGUGACUCAGAAAAGUACUCCUGUAAAAUAAAUUGCCCUCAAAAUUCCAGGAUUGCCACAGAUUACACCAAGGAACCUAAAGAACAGAUCAUUUCAGUGGGACCUAUUAGGAGAAAAAGGCUGGACUGGUGUGAGGACAACGGAGGGUGUGAGCAGAUCUGCACGAGCCGGGUGGACGGGCCUCUGUGCAGCUGCGUGACGGGGACCCUGCAGGAGGACGGCAAGAGCUGCAGAGCCUCUAAUUCUUCCAUUGAACUUCAAGUUUGGACGCUGCUUCUCAUCAUGACCCAGAUUUCAUUAUGGCAUUUUGUCUAUACAUCAGGCACGACCUCAUAA